AUGGAACCGGAUCGUGGAUGUGGCUCUGCGCCGCCUGGGCUGGAAGUGGGGGUGGAUGUGGGCACUUUGCGGAAGCUGCUGAUGGAACAAUCAGACCGGAUUCGAGAGUCCGGUGAUCGUGUCCUGGGGGAGGCCAUUACAAGAAUACAGCAGAAGCAUGAGGAGUAUUUUGUCUUGAUCGAUGCCACGGUGCAGCAACUGUCGGAGCGGUGCAAUAGUCUUGCGAGCAGGCUGCGGAUGCUGGCGGAGGGCCAACACUUCGCUAAAACCAAGGAGGACGCUCAUCUGGGAAUGAUGGUGCUGAUGGUUGCACUUUUCCUGUGGGAGCUGGCAACACUGACAACAGUAGGCACCACGGGGAUGCUGACAGCUGGUCGAGGUUUUGUGCAAAAAUCUGCGUUUUCCCAAAGUGGACUGGCGACAUCACUGGCGAUCGUGGGAGUACCCGAGUUCUUUGAUGCAUGUCUGGAUUCAAAGAACAGGGCUUCGAGUCCACUCGGACUCGGGUUGGACAGCUGA